UUUUCCGUUGCUGGUUGGCUGGCCCCCUCGAUGGGCUUCUUCAGAACUCCGAGACACACAAUAUUGGGUUACAGUGUAGCAAAAUGGCGACUGUCAUUCACAAUCCCCUCAAAGCCCUGGGUGAUCAGUUCUACAAGGAGGCUAUUGAGCACUGCCGCAGCUACAAUGCCCGUCUGUGUGCAGAGCGCAGCGUGCGGCUGCCCUUCCUCGACUCCCAGACCGGGGUGGCACAGAACAACUGCUACAUCUGGAUGGAGAAACGUCACCGGGGACCAGGUCUGGCGUCUGGACAGAUGUACACGUAUCCGGCUCGCUGCUGGAGGAAGAAGAGACGAUUGCACCCACCUGAAGACCCCCAGCUCCGCCUCUGUGAGCUCAGACUGGAGGGAGAGCUGCCUCAGAGGAAGGAGGGCCAGCCGGCUGAGGGGACCACACUGGAGGCCCUGCUGAGGGGAGAGGGGCUGGACAAGAAGAACAACUCCAAGGACGAGGAGAGCCUGCUAGAGAUCCAGAGGGUUCUGGAGGCUGACGAGAACGGAGAUGGUUACCAUGACGACGACGAUUUUGAAGUUGACACUCCAAAGCGAAAACACAGGACCAAAGGACGAGGCCGUGGCUCAGGCAGGAGAAGGGCGGAGGCUGCAGUCAUGGAGGACCAGGACAAGCCCUACGUGUGUGACAUCUGCGGGAAGCGCUACAAGAACCGCCCGGGUCUCAGCUACCACUACGCCCACACCCACCUGGCAGACGAGGAGGGGGAGGUUGAGAGAGACGAGGAGCCAGCGCGCUCCCCGCCAGCCCCUAAGCGCACUGACAACCACAAACCUCAGAAGGGCCCAGACGGGACCAUCAUUCCCAAUAACUACUGUGAUUUCUGCCUGGGGGAUUCCGGCUCCAACAGGAAGACUGGCCACGCGGAGCAGCUUGUCUCCUGCUCUGAUUGCGGCCGAUCCGCUGCCCAUGGCCGAGGGACAGAGGAGAGGAAGACGGGCUGCUGCACGGAGGACUUGUUUGGGGCCACCUCGGAAAGCGACACCUCCACGUUUCACGGCUUUGACGAUGAAGAUUUUGAUGAGCCUCUAUCCAAUGGCAGCAUGGGCUCCCCCAGAUGCAGAUAGAAAAUAAACGGAAAACAAAAACUCUGAAAAAGUCUGCUGCUGCUUUUUUUUUUUCUUUUGAAGAGAAUGCUUUUUUUUUUUUUUUUUUUAGUGGACAAUUUAUGCUGCUUUUUUUUUUUUUUUUUUUGGAGCCUUAAGCUUUUUUUUAUUAUUAUUUGACUCUGCGGAAGCAAUAGAGGGACUGAACGCCACUUUUGAGGAAUGAUGAUCCGCAGCCAGUUUAUUUAAUUUAAUGUAAUUUUAUUUAAUACAAAACAUCCUGAUGCUUUUAGUUUGAGUUAAAUGACAUUUAAAAACUGAAACCCUGAAAAUGUGGAUUGAUUUGUACAAUAUGUUGUGGUAGAGAAAGCAACCAGCCUGUGUGAAAAUUAAAAGAAGAAAAGACUUGUUAAAAGACACGGAAACUAAAUUAAAUCUGUUCCAUUGGAUAUUUCUGAAAGAAGGAGAAAAAAUAAUAGCCUUGGCGAUCCCCACUGGCAAUACUGCAAGGGGAAUUGGAUUUCAGGAAUUUAACAAAAAGGUUAAAAGAAGAUUCACCACUAGAAAACCCACUUGAACUCUGUCCGAUUGUGACCACCUAGCGCAGCCACAGAGGAUCCUAGGAGCUGGGGAUGAGGGGAGUCGGGGAGGGGGGGUCAGGAGACCCUCUGGCACUGUGCGGGGAGCACACUCUGGAAAGCUGAAAGGAUCCAGCCAGCUCCAGGUUCCAGCCCCCUUGCCACAAGACGGAGGUGCAGCCCCCCGCUCUCCCCGCCUCCCCCCCCCCCACCCGGACCAAGACCCCAGGGAGGAAGACAGCCGUCCAGCCAGCCCCACAUAGCAG